ACUCUGUUUCUUGCCGUGUUCUCAUUUAUUUAUUUAUUUCCCUUAAACUCAACAGUACACUCCAAAAGUCUUUUUCUCGGUCAACUCUCUUCCUCCUCUUUUUAAUUCCUUUCAGACCAAACCGGAAAAAAAACUCAAAAGAUUACCCGAGAACUCCCCGGCGACAAGAACAAACAAUCAAAAGAAAUGGAAACUUCCCGUUUGACCCUUCCCCUUCUUCUCAUCGCCUUCUCCUUCCUCCUCACUCUCUCCGCCCAAAUGACCGGAAUUUUCAAAUGCAGCGAACGAGGAGACUCACCCUCCACGUGUCGCUCUCUCGUCGGUUACUCAAGCAAGCAAGCCACGACCUACGGCAAUAUCCAAACCCUCUUCGCUGUCAAGAAGCUCCGUUCGAUCCUCGAAGCCAACAACCUCCCACUCUCAACCCAACGCACUCAGGGCGUGAACCCGAACCAGGUCGUACGCGUCCCGAUCCCUUGCUCGUGCUCAAACGGAACCGGCGUGUCGAACCGGACUCCGGUUUACACCGUCAAGAAGGGAGACACGCUCUACUUCAUCGCAUCUGAGAUUUUCGGAGGGUUGGUUCAGUACCAGAGGAUCAGUGACCUGAACAGGAUUCCCGACGCAAGCGAAAUCGAUGUGGGUCAAAGGUUUUGGAUACCUUUGCCUUGUAGCUGCGAUAAGUUGAACGGUCAAGAUGUUGUCCACUAUGCGCACGUGGUCAAAUCCGGAAGCUCCCUCGGUGAGAUCGCAGCUCAGUUUGGUACUGACAACACGACGCUGGCUCAGCUCAAUGGGAUCUCUGGCGAUGCUCAGCUCCUCGCUGAUUACCCUCUUAACGUACCUCUCAGAGCUUGUAACUCUUCAGUGAGGGCCGACUCGUUGGACGCCAAAAUGCUUCUACCUAACAGCUCAUACUCCAUCACUGCAAAUAAUUGCAUCAGGUGUUCUUGUCAAGCUUCGAAUAAUUGGACUUUAAGCUGUGAAGCCUCUCAGCUUAAGCCUUCGUCGACCUGGCAGACUUGCCCGUCUCCGCGAUGUGAAGGAGCAGAGAGUUUGUUUGUAGGUAACACGACAAAUACCUCUUGCGGUCCUCGUUCUUGCGCCUAUGCUGGUUACUCCAACCAGACAAUCUUAACAGCCCUUUCUCCAGAUCCCUGUUCAGGUUCUGGUGGUUCUGGACCUCCUGGCAACUAUGCUUCAACAACGUUGAGCUCAAGUUUCAGUUAUGUGGUAAUGUUGAUUCAGUGUGCUCUGAUCUGUAUGUCUUCUCUAGCGAUGUAAUAAUGGUUUGGUGUAUGUGAGGUGUGCACUUAAGUACAGUUCGGAUUGUAAUAAAAAAAAUGGUUCCACGUGAA